AUGGCGGGUGUCAAUCAUGCAUCGCUCUCCAUGCCUGCUUCCGACGGCUUGCAGGGUCGCAAACGCAAUGUUAAUAUUGCCGGAAUGGAUAGCUCACCGGGGAGUAUCGAAGACGCAGAAGAUAAUGAUACACGGGAUGACAAGAGGCGACAGCCUGUGAAGCGGGCCUGUAACGAAUGUCGCCAGCAGAAGCUUCGAUGCGACGUUAUCCAAGACCCGUGGACUGACUGUUCGCGAUGCCGGAGACUCAAAUUAGACUGCAAGAUCGAGUCCAACUUUAAGCGAGUGGGGAAGCGCAGCCGCAAUGCUGAGAUGGAGCGAGAGAUCAUCGAACUCAGGAAGCAAAUUGCCACCGGCAAUGCUGGCCCAAAUAUGCAUCAGGCGCAGUCGAUAUCUGGAGGCCAAUUAACACCGAAGCAAGAGUCCAGCCAAGUCAGUCCGGUGGCAGUUUACCAAACAACGCCGUCAGCCAUGUCCGCCGAUCAGUAUAUGGGCUCCCAAGAGGCCGUGGCAUCGCUCUUGGAUCUGCGAUCGGGUUUCGAUAGUUCUAGCUACCUGAGGAACGGGAAUCACCAGCUUAAGCGGAUUGAAGACGUGAUGGUGGCCCCGGAGAUAGUCCAGGAGCUGUUCAACCUAUUUUUCACAUAUUAUCAUCCAUUCCUACCAUUCCUCGAUCGGCAACAGCUACCUGAGGAUUAUUUCAACACCUCGCCUCUACUAUUUUGGACAAUCAUUAGUGUCGGCGCAAGAAGAUACCAGAGUGAUACUACUUUGUUCACUUCCCUUGCGGGACCUGUCACUCGCCUGGUAUGGAGUACGCUAGCAGAUGUCCCACAGAGCUACCAUGUCGUGAAGGCGCUCGCUCUCCUUUGCUCUUGGCCUUUCCCUACCAGUAGCACCUCAACAGAUCCAACCUUCAUGCUAUGCGGAAUGAUGUUGCAGGUCGCUAUGCAGCUUGGUCUUCAUCGUCCAUCCCAUAUUCAAGACUUUAACAAAUUUCGGAGAGAGCUCAUUGAGGAGGAGUUGAGAGACAAAGUCCGAACGUGGGCUAUUUGCAACGUUGUUGCACAGCGGGUUUCCACUGGGUAUGGUCAGCCACCGUCCACUUUGUAUGAUUGGACUCUAUCAUCCAAUGAAUCUAUGGAUCCAAAUUUCAAACUCUCAAACGACAUCAUGCCCAGGUUGGAAAUUGAAAAGUUAUGUGACAAAAUCACACGAGCCCUAUACACCAAUCGACGGGAUCCUGUGGGCCUGAGCAGUGAUCAAGAGCGAAGUGUCAUGAUCUCUUUUCUUUCGCGGGACUUUGAUGAACUUGAAGAGCGGCUCAGGCCUCAAAAUGAUUGCAUUACCGAUCUGUAUUUGCGCGCAGCCAAUCUCCAUUUACACCUAUCUGCCUUUUUUGAUGAACCCUCAGCAAAGGAUUACCGUGAACGUGUCUUAUCGCUGUACCUUGCGACCACCUCUUUCCUCGAGGCAGCGAUGAAUCUCGGAACUGAAGUGGGCCCUAUCCUCUCGUAUACCCCCUAUUAUAUAUACCAGAUGAUGGUCGCAGCAGGCUGCACCAUCCUCAAGUUGAGCAAGAGCUUUUUCUCUGCUCACAUUGAUAUGGAGUAUACUAAACAACUCUUCAAUCGAACGAUUUGGGCUAUCCGCGGCGUAUCAGUCUCCAACAACGAUCUUCCGGAGCGACUUGCCGAGGUUUUGGCUCAGAUGUGGCGUCUGGGCGCCGGGCAGCAGCGCCCCAACAACGGCCAUCCCGACAUGGAUGAUUCUCUCAGAUUGAAGGUGCGAUGUCGCAUGAGCAUGUCGCUCCUUUUUGACUCGGUGUGGCGUUGGCGAGAGGAUGCACGAACGAAGGGACGAAAUAUCGAAGCUUAUCUGAAGAACCCAACCAAUCCCGACUCAAAUGCUGACUCGUCAGCCGCUUCGUCUGUUGGGCCUCCCCGCACGCAGUCGUCUACCCCGGGCAUUGACCCCAGUCUGGCGCCCGCGCCUCUGAUCACUCAGGCCAGUCUUGGCGUUCAAUCAAACGACGGAGUGGGAGGGUUACCGAGCGGAUUUAUGGAGCCCAAUUACGAGGUUUUUGAUCCUUUGAACUGGCUUUUGGAUGGGUUGGUAGACCUCCCCUAUUCAUAUUCGAAUCUGGGAGGCGUGGAGCCGCAGGGGAUCACCUGA